UAGAUAAUAGUAAAACUCUACUGUGAUAACAAAUAUAAUGUUAUAAAUGGUCCUAUGGAUUAUCACUAUUACACUCCUAAAAUUAUAUAAGUAAAUUAUGAAAUGAAGUAUUAGUAAAAAAAUUUCGACAACUUCAAAAAUAAGUGAAUUUAUUAUGCAUUUCAAUGGGUGAUAAAGGAUGGAAAAGUGUUUUAUGCGGAGGCAUGGCUGGUGGUACUGACGUACUUAUUACAUUUCCCACAGAAUACAUAAAAACACAACUGCAAUUAGAUGAAAAAGGUGACAAAAAGAAAUAUAGCGGGGUGAUAGAUUGCUUUAGGAAAACUACAAAACAAUAUGGUGUUUUAGGGCUAUAUCGUGGAAUGAGCACAUUGCUUUAUGGAAGCAUGCCAAAAACUGCCGUAUGCUUUGGAUCCUUUGAAUUUUUCAAGUCACAUCUUGUUGACGAAAAGAAGUCGCUCUCAACAUUUAAUAGCUUCUUAUGUGGUUUGGGCUCCGGAAUAGUGGAAUCCAUACUUGUGACAACACCAAUGGAAACUUUGAAAGUCAAACUUAUAAAUGAUCGGCGUAGUGAGAAACCAAAAUUUCAUGGAAUGUUUCAUGCUGCACGUCUCAUUAUAAAAACAGAAGGUUUUCAUGGCAUUUACAUGGGUCUUACACCGACGUUGCUUCGACAGUGUUCAAAUCAUGCAAUACGAUUCCCUAUAAUGGAAACAUUUAAAAAUUUCUAUAAAGGUGAUGACCCAACUCGGAAGCCGCCUAAAUGGAUGAUAGCUAUGGUGGGAUUUAUGGCCGGCGGUACUGCUGUGCUUGCCAAUACUCCCGUUGAUACAUUAAAAACACGCAUGCAGGGCUUGGAAGCGUCUAAAUAUAAAAACAUAUUCGAUUGCAUCUUGAAAAUAUCUCGUAACGAGGGAGUAUUAGCACUCUAUAAAGGCAUGGUGCCACGACUAAUACGUUUAUCUCUACAAGCUAGCGUAAUUUUUACACUUUACGAUGUAUAUAUGGAAGCUUUUGAUGCAUUGGAAGAAAUGUUGAAAGGAAACAGAGGGAAAAGUUGAUUAGGUGUUGACUUUAAUUUUGAGUUCCAACCGAUGUUGGACCUGCUGUAAUAUAUUUGUGUUGUUUAAUGGUUAGAAUAUUGCGAGAUUAUAUUGUUUGAAUACUCAAACAGUGGUUUGCUGAAUUCAUUUAGUGCUAAAAAAAUUAAAAAUAAAUGUCAAAUUUAAUUUUUGGAUAUACACAAAGCUGUAGCUUUUGAUAAC